CCGAGUCAACCAGAUCAACCAGCUUAACCAGUGCAAGAUGCCGAAUAAAAUUGAUGCCGUGGUCGUCGGGGGCGGCAUGGCUGGCAUCAUCGCGGCCAGGGAUCUCAGUCUGGAAGGACUCUCAGUGGUCGUCUUGGAGGCCCGCGAUCGCCUCGGUGGACGCACAUACAUGGAUAAAGCAUUCAAUAAUGAACUGGACCUCGAGCUCGGAGGAGGGUAUGUCCACUGGACCCAACCACACAUCUGGCUCGAGCUGCAGCGCUACGGGAUAGCCAUCUGCCCACCGAUGGAAGGAGAUAAGACUUACUGGCUGGCCAAUGGCUCUGUUCAUUCGGGAACCCAGGAAGACUUCUUUGCUGUCGCAUACCCUCUUCUCGAGCGUUUUUUUGCCGACUCCCGGGCUCGAUUCCCGCUCCCCUUCCAGCUAGACCUCCUUGACAACACAGAAAUCGAGCAGGAAACCAUUGAAGACCGCCUCAAAUCGUUGAAUCUUUCGCCUUAUGAGCGGGAUGUUCUUGAAGGUGUUCUAGCGGGCGUGAUCCACUCACCGAAAAAGCAGGGAGUCGCUCAGCUUCUUCAUGCAACGGCCACUUAUUUCGGGGAUUACAGGGCUUUUUUUGAGACAGCCGGCGCUUGGAGUAUCAAAGGAGGCACCAGGCAGCUUAUCCAAGCUAUCCAGGCCCAUUCAAAGGCCGAGGUCCGGCUUUCCACCCCUGUUACUUCUAUAUCAUCAACUGGUACCGGCGCUGUGGUUACCACUCGUGCUGGCGAAUCGAUCUACGCCCGUGUGGUGGUCGUCGCCGUCCCCUUGAACACCCUCGGUGACAUUCAGAUCGCCCCCGACGUACCCUCCGCCGCGCGCUCAAUGAUAGACCGAAAGAACCCCGUGAUGGCCCAUAAGCUAUGGGUACGGGUAAAGGGUGAUGUUGAACCUUUUUCAAUCUUCGCACCCGCGGGGAAGCACCCGAUCAAUGCAGUAAGGGUCGAGAAGCGUCAUAACGGUGAUUCAGUGAUCCUGUGUAUGUGCUCUGAUGCUGCUGCCAUCGAUCCAGGCGAUAUACCUACGGUCCAGGCCGCUUUGGAGCGAUUUAUCCCUAAUAUUGAAGUUAUUGACACGGCGUACCAUAACUGGGUGACUGACGAGUUCUCUAAGGGUGGGUGGAUGAUGCACCGGCCAGGCACUUUGACAGUAGGCCCGCCGGUGUUCCGGCAGCCACAUGGAGAUAUCUACUUCGCGGGAAGUGAUCUUUCGACGCUGGAGGCUGGUUCGAUUGAGGGUGCGGUGGAAAGUGGUGUACGUGCUGCUCGUGAUAUUGUAGGGCGGCUGUCGGUAACAAAAAAGAGUCGUUUGUAG